AUGUUCUUGUGUGCAACCAUGCUUCCCUACGCUCUCCUGUUGACGAUCGUGUGUGUGGUAUCGGGAGACGAAACGGUAUCGGUAGCUGCGGGAGCAUCUUCGGCAGCUGGUCCUACGGGAUACACCCAACCGGUGCCUCACACAUCCCCGACCGGAUCGACAUACCCCUUCCCCACUGUCGCUCCCGCCGUUCCAUCGAAAGGAUUCAACAUCGGAGGCGGUCUCGGUUUGGGCCCAUUGGGUGGCCUUGCCUACAACUUACAAGGGACCGCGGCCAGCAAAAGUUACCUUCUCUCCGGUCUCGAAUAUCUUAUACCCGGAAUCAGCGCCUAUGGAAAUUCUAUGAGCAAGCUACUCGACUACGGCAACAUUCUCCUCGGUAUUGCCUCCGUUGUUCUCUCCAUCGUCAUUCUCGUCUUGGUCAUCAAGGCCGGUGGAUACGACGUGUACUUCUUGCCCAGCAAGGAUGUCGCACCCAAGGACCGAAAGCGACGAGCCAUCGAAGGGAGCGAACCCCACGUUUCCGAUUCUCAGUUGGCAUCGCUGGCCAAAGUGGUCCUGACUGCUCUCGAAGCUCAAGAAUGCCAACAGAGGAUGUUCUGCGAAAUCGGCUACGUGAUGCGGGACUACGGCGCUGAGCGUGGGCUCGUCAUGAAUCUCCUGGAGCGAUUCUCUCCCAAGUCCAUGUCCGAAUUGGUGAAGAAGCUGAAGGCUGCUGCUCUCGGCAAGGAAGAAUGCACCAUUUACAAAUGCGGCUCGCUGCCCUCCAAAGAGAAAUAACACUCGCGCUCUAAUAUCCUCGUGACCCAAGUGUGAUUCAUAUAUCUCAUCCUACUUUUAACUUGACCAAAGAAAGUAUCUAUAUUAUGCACCCGAUGACGGAGGGAUGGCUGGAAUAAAAUAUGGAAGCCCGUCUGAA